CUGAUUGGGCUGUGCUGCUCCACCACGGUUUCGCGGCUCUGGAGCGAAUGGCCCCGGUUGACAGCACGAGGAGCUUAAAGGGAUCGAGUCCGCGCGGGAGCAGGGAAUUUCGCGAUUAUCCUCCGGCUCCGGAGCGGAUGAGUCAUGCUCCAGUGGUGAUCGCAUUCCAGUUUUCGCACUGGAAUGGCACCGUCGGCCAUGCUCGACCCCAGUGCCACCUCGGCCGCGCGUCUCACCAAGUGCCCUCCGCUCGCACCGAUUUCCGCCUCGCGUUCGCACCUUUCGCGCGAUGGUCUUGAGCUUGCGAGUCCUGUGAGUAUGGUGGUGAUCGAUGGCACAUUUCGCCGGCUCGGGUCUUCGUUCAGCGGGUUGUGUACAUAUUCGAACUCCGAACUGAGGCGGUCCGCAAUUACGUCUAGUUGUGGCGCCAGCCGACCCCGAGUGCAUGCUUGUAAGGAUCAAUUAUUUAAUCCUCGCAGAGGUGUAUCGUCGUCUUCUCUCGUGCGGCGCAACAAAUUAGCAGGGCGGAGGAGGGAUGUGCAAAAUAUCUCGGACGUAAUUUCCAGGUAUUGGAAUGUUAGGUGGGCAGGUUUGGUCGCUAGAGCCGAGCAACAGUAUUUGGAAGCAUCGUCUGAAAUUGCGAAGGGAUCAACCCAGACUAGGAGUUCCUUGGUGGACGAAUUAAAUGGGAGUGACCGCGGUGACCAAGGAUCGAUGGAUGCCGAGCCGAAGCAGAGCCCAAUUGGAGUCUUUCCUGGCGGUGUCAGAAGAGCCGAAGUUCGUAUACCAGGACUAGUAUUGCGUUUACAGGUCUUGGAAGUGCUCGAGGGCAAAGCUUUUGAAGGAUUUCUCGAUACAUUGAGUGCAAUUGUAGCUGAGAGUUUGACCAUGGUGAUACUCGAAUCAGGAGUAGAUGGUGAAGGAGGAGCUCGACUCUACGAGGCCGCAUGCUUACUUAAGUCGGUUUUGAGGGGGAGAGCAGUAUUAAUGGUAGCUGAAAGGGUGGAUAUUGCUGCCGCAGCUGGCGUCGAUGGUGUUGUUCUCUCAGAUGAAGGGCUACCUACGGUGGUGGCUAGGAGGAUGAUGCAGAAUGUUGUUUCAGACUCUGCCGUACUGCCCCUUGUGGCUAGGACUGUCUCAUCAACGCAGUCAGCCAGAAGUGCAACUGCUUUGGAAGGAGCUGAUUUCCUACUUCUGCAGUGUCCUGACGUGGAGGAUUUGGGGAGGUACACUAGGAACAUUUGUAUUGAAGUGAGCAUUCCAGUCUUUGUGGAUGUCUCCACCCGAUUGUCUGGGUCGAAAGAUGAAACCGUAGGUCCAGCUUUGGAGUUGUUUGAAGCUGGAGCAAGUGGACUUGUUUUGGAUGGAACGAAGUUGAUGGAAGGUGGCGUCAUAUGCGACUUCGUGGCCGCACUGUCGUCGUGUAUGACCACAGCAAUGAACCAAAGAAGUAGUGCCAAUGAAACUCAAAGUGGAACAGAUUACUCACAGGUUGUGUACAAUGAAACCACCGAUGAAGGGUCGUCUCCUGGUAAUGGAAGAGGUCUGGAGGUAGCCUUGGACCUAGAUGAGCUGGCAAAGUUGAUUGUGGAAGAAGAGCGCGAGUUGCUUACAACCAUGGUUGAGUUUGUUCGAGCUGCAUCUCCAGAGAUGGAAGAAAUAUCUCUUUUGGUGGAUGCUGUGAAGCAGCUGGAUGAGCUCUUCUUGCUGGUCAUUGUGGGAGAAUUUAAUUCAGGAAAAUCGUCUGUAAUAAAUGCCCUUCUGGGUGAAAGGUUCCUGAAGGAGGGGGUGCUUCCAACGACGAACGAAAUCACCGUACUUCGGCAUACCGGGGAAGGCGAUGAAGGAAAAGAGCGAUCAGAAAAACAUCCAGACGGUCACUUCUUACGCUACCUUCCAGCCGAGCUAUUGAAGCAGAUGAACCUUGUUGACACGCCAGGGACAAAUGUUAUUCUUCAGCGCCAACAACGGCUCACUGAGGAAUUCGUCCCUCGCGCGGAUCUAGUUUUGUUUGUGUUAUCUGUCGAUCGGCCUUUGACAGAGAGCGAGGUCACAUUUCUCCGAUAUAUACGUCAGUGGGGCAAAAAGAUCAUCUUCAUUUUGAAUAAGUCUGAUGUUCUGGCGGAUCGCAAAGAGUUGGAAGAGGUUUUAAAAUUUGUUAAGGAAAAUGCCCAAAGCUUACUCAGUGUGGAGGAGGCAUCUGUAUAUCCUGUCUCUGCUCGUCGAGCUCUUCUGGCGAAGCAAGCAGCCGUGAACGAAGAUGGGGUCGUAGAUAGAGAGCUACUUAUGCAGAACUCAUCUUGGAAAAGUAGUGGAUUUGAUGAGUUAGAGGACUUCAUAUUCUGUUUCUUAGGCGGAUCCACUGAUGCCGGUGCCGAGAGGCUCAGAUUGAAACUCGAAACUCCUUUAGGAAUCGGAAUGGCGUUGCUUGGUGCUAGUGAUCGACAACUUGCGGCGGAUAUUCUGAAAGCAGAAUCGGAUCUCAGAGUCUUAGCUCAGAUAGAAGAGCAACUCAAGCAAUAUGAAAAUGCUGUUCAAGCCGACGCUGCACUGCAGAGGGAGCGUACGUCGCUGCUGAUUACAGGAGCCAAGGGGCGUGCUGACAAACUCGUGGACUCCAUCUUACGGCUCUCCAAUAUUGAGGCCAUAACAAAGUAUCUCUUGGGAGCCGAUGGAGUUGAGACCUUGCCUGUUUCCAGCGAAUUUGGUCGACAAGUCAUGGGAUCUGCAACGACUGACAUUCAGAGAGUCUUGGAUGAACAUGGAAGUUGGAUGGUGUCCAACGCCCUAAGGCAGCUAGACAUCUAUGGAGAACUCGUGAAGAAUCGCUGGCCUGAGGUAAUGGCAGAUAUGAAAGCUGGAACCUCUAAUGGGUUGCAGCUUAACGACAAGUUCAAGGAGGAGCAACAGAAGAAUUCGAGUAACAGCAUUGCAGUCCUGGAAGCUUUUGAUGUGAAAGCAGCAGAGAUAUUACUUGACCAGGAGAUUCGAGAAGUGGUCCUGAGUACGUUUUCAGGUGUUGGAGCUGCUGGUGUUACUGCAUCUGUUUUGACGUCUGUCUUACCAACGACAUUAGAAGAUCUUCUCGCUCUAGGCAUCUGCACGGCAGGCGGAUUUGUGGGUAUUUGGAACCUGCCUGCCAAGAGGCAAGACAUAAAGAAGAAGAUAAGUAGAGUCGCCGAUAAUUUGAUCAAGCAAUUGCAGCAAGCGAUGGAGAGAGAUUUAGAGCAAAAUUUGGAUCAGUUGAGGGCGGACAUUCAAGCACUUACAGCACCAUACAGACUAGCAGCGGAGGCUGAAAGAGCGCGGCUUCUUGCUCUUCAGAUUCAGCUGCAAGUAUUAGACAACCAACUGCGGUUUUUAAAGCAGAAGGUGCAAAAUCUUGGAAAAUAAUCCGUGCCAGGGUUUAGAUUGUCGGCUGAUAAAUAUCACUGCCCAGUGGCAAACAAUUGUUCCUUGUCAGCUUCGUGAAGUCUGGCCAUAAACAUCUUCCCUCUAAACUUCCUGCACUUAAGGGCCAGGUAUAAUCGCUUAGAGUAGGCUAGAGUUAUGCCAUCCUUACGGAGGGACUCAUUGUUGUAGCGGGGGAUGAGCGAGGUGAAAGGGAAGGUCCGAUUCACCCUUGUAAAUUAUUGCAUCAGUCAGUCUGACUGAUUGUGCGGAAGCUGAGAUUGUAGAUUACCCUUGUCCUUAACCGGGUCCUUAGUCUAUAAUGGCAGAGGGCACAUUUCAGAACCAUUUCUCGCAUUGGCUCAUAGUCCAAAAAUCUCUUUGUUUUUUGAAUCUCAAAUCCAAAGG